CAGACGUCUGUCACGUUAAAUAAAAUGGGAAAAAAGAGAAAGUUAAAAGAUUCCAAGGAAGAUGAAUUCGAAUUUGAUCCAGUACCAAAACAUUUGGUAGUCGCGCAUCUUAAAAAUCAAGAAAAACGUUUGAUUAUAGUUCUUGAAGAUGCCCAUUUGGAAACUGUAAAGGUGGGAAAUAAGUUUGAACUCUUAAACUGUGAUGACCAUGCUCAUAUUUUAAAGAGCAACAAUAGAGAUGCUGGUUCUUGCAGACCUGAUAUAACACAUCAAUGUUUAUUAAUGCUUUUAGACAGUCCCUUGAAUCGAGCAGGUUUACUUCAAGUUUACGUCCAUACACAUAAUAAUGUUUUAAUUGAAAUAAAUCCCCAAACAAGAAUACCAAGAACAUUUAAACGCUUUGCAGGAUUAAUGGUUCAACUUCUUCAUAAAUUUUCAAUAAGAGCAGAAAGUGGACCAAAACUGCUAAAAGUAAUCAAAAACCCAAUAACAGAUCAUUUACCUGUUGGUGUACACAAAAUAGCUAUGUCAUUUUCUUCAAAGAAGGUAGAAAGUUGUAGAGAAUUGGUUCCUAAUGAUGAAGAACCAAUUGCAAUAGUUGUUGGAGCAAUGGCUAGAGGAAGUGUGAAUGUUGAUUAUGCAGAGGAAACAAUUUCUAUAAGUAAUUAUCCAUUAUCAGCUGCACUUACCUGUACGAAAUUGUGCUCAGCCUUUGAAGAAGUUUGGAAAGUUGUUUAG